CACACUUGUUUUGUUUUACAAACAGACUCACGUAAAACAAAGGAGACCACAAUAUUAACAAUUUAAAGCUUAAUACUAUUUUAGAGUUUUAGUAGCAGGUACUUCUGCAACUGGUCCUGCACUGAGAUGGGCGUGGUCUUACCGAACACACCGCGGAAACAGACGAGCACGUUCUCAGGGCUCGCGACAGUCAACAGAGUGAAACAAUCUGGACAUGGCGAGUGCGCAAAGGUGUGCGGAUGAUGCCUGAGGUUUCCACCUGUUUUUAACCUGCAGUUUAAAGCUGACUACUACCUUCCAGAGGCCCUUCUGAUGCAGCAGAGGUGAGACCAGAGCAUCAUGUUGGAGCCUCCGGAUUCCAGCCAGGAGAUUGUGGAGUGGCUGUCCACCCUCCGCCUGUCCCAGUACACCUCAUAUUUCCAUCAAGGAGGCUAUCAAUGUCUUGAAGACUGCAGUGACCUCACAGAUGAGUGUCUCCAGGAGCUGAACGUGAUCCCAACAGGCCAUCGGAGGCGCAUCCUUCGCAGUUUGGAAGCACUAGGUGUGAAGCAGCCGAGCGGUGGAGAGGAAGAGGAAGAUGAAGAGAACGGGAGGCGUGGAAGGAGGCCUGUGCCACACCCGAGACGUAUAUUCCUGAAGGAUAAAAAGAGGGGGUCUUCAUGUCACAACCAACAGCCAAAGGAGAGGAUGGAGUUUGAGGGGAGUCAGACUUUGCCUCCUGGAGCCGGACAGAGAACAGAAUUUGAGGACGUCACGGAGAGAAGAUGUGUUCGUCCGCCUGUACCGGCUCCUCGAGAUCCCCAAAAUAUUCAAACAUCCCCUCCUGAACCUCCCUGUGUCCCCACCUCCGUUUUUUCCAGAAGCAGCAGCAGUAGCAGCAGCGAGUUCCUCUCCAUAUCUGAGAUGCCCUCAGACUGGGACAUUUCCUCAGAGAACCCGUCUCUAUCCAGCGCCGACUCCUUCCCCUGUCUGGCUGACGGCCCCCACCCAUCGCUCACUGAAGACAAUUGGGUUUUUCAAGGGAAUAUGGUGGAAAACUCGAUCUACGAGGCUCAGCCCAGUUUUAAGGUUCCUGUUGGUCCACGGCUCACUCGCUCCUACCGGCUGAGGCACCGUCCCGUCCCUCAGAUCCCCAAUCAGCCCACACUGCCACCUCAGGACAGGAGCGCAGCGCCGGCGCAAACAACCAGCCUCGAACACCUCACCGGCUCCGAGGGUCCCACCGGUGCAAACGGCAUACAGAAAGCUCCACUUCAAAGAACCUUGACGCCCAUCGCUCCCUAUGGAGAAAUGUUCCUGUACAACAACCCCGAAAGCACUGCGGACCUCGGCCCUGAAGAAGGCUUACAGAAGGGUUUUAAAGACAAGAUAAAACAGAAGAAACACAGAAAAAAGCCUCCUAAAAGGAAGAAAUCCAAGGACCAGGACAUUCCCCCUGCUCCAACUAUCCCAGACCCUUACCAAGAUGCAUACUCCACUGUGGAUGAGUGUGCUAGCAUGGUCAGUUUGGACCAUAGUUUCCCCGUCACCCCUGACGCCCCUUCUGUGGGAUCAGCAGCUUCUGGCCCUGAGGAUGGAUCUUUAAUCAUGGUGGAGUGUGACCUCUACGCCGAUCCUGCAGAGGCUCUGGGAAAUGCACUUCCUGAUAUUUCUCCGUACGCAUGCUUCUAUGGAGCCCCCAAACACCAGGUGCUCAAAGUGGGAUGGCUGGACAAGCUGUCGCCUCAAGGGAAUUGUGUUUUCCAGAGGCGGUGGGUGAGAUUCGACGGCGAGAGCCUGGCCUACUACAACAACGACAAGGAGAUGUACUCUAAAGGUACGAUCCUGUCCAGUGCUAUCAAACUGGUGCGAGGACUCGGCGACAACAAGUUCGAAGUGCUUACCUCGCUUCGGACUUUCGUUUUCCGGGCUGAAAGAGAAGGGGAGCGCCAGGAGUGGAUGGAAAGUCUUCAGACGGCCACGCGCCCCCCCGCCUGCGGCUCCCAGAAGCGCUCAGACAGCCUCCCCCACAAGCCCUCCACAAACAAGCAAGGCUUGCUGGAUCUCCGCGGUUACAAAGGCAGAGUGCUGGUGUCCCUGGCGGGGAGUAAAGUCAGGCUCUGCAAAACAGAACAGGACUAUAAAUCGGGCUUGGCUAUAGCUGAAGUGGAACUGGCUGCUGCCAACAUUAGAGACGUGGACCGCAGGGGCUUUGAAAUCAACACGCCCUUCAAGAACUUCUGCUUCACGGCCGAGUCAGAACUGGAGAAGGAGGAGUGGAUUGAAGCGGUCCAGGAAUCGAUCGCCGAGACACUCUCCGACUAUGAAGUGGCGGAGAAGAUCUGGUUCAACGAGGCCAACAAGAGCUGCGCCGACUGUCGCGCCCUGCAGCCGGAGUGGGCCUCGGUCAACCUGGGCGUGGUCAUCUGCAAGAAGUGUGCAGGGCAGCACCGCUCCCUUGGACCAAGUAUAUCCAAAGUUCGAAGCUUGAAGUUGGACAGCAGCAUCUGGAGCAAUGAGCUGGUGGAGCUCUUCCUUGAGGUGGGGAACAAGAAUGCUAACAGUUUCUGGGCUGCUAAUCUUCCCCUGGAGGAGGAACUCUACAGCGGGGCUUCGGCCGAGCAGCGCGCCACGUUCAUCCGCAGGAAGUACAGGGAGAGGAAGUACCGGAGGGUCCUGGAGGGCUUUAAUGAUCUGGAGCAGCUCACCCAGGCGCUGUGUGCAGCGGUGGUGAUGCCUGAUGUGCUGCAGACCAUGGAGCUGGUGUUCAGUGGGGCGGAUGUCCUGUGUGCCACGGGGGAUCCGACCUGCUCCACCCCAUAUCUCCUGGCCCAACGCACUGGGCUGAAGCUACACAUGGAGUUCCUGCACCAAAACAAACACUCUGAUUUCCCCGUCCUUGAGCAGUGGUCCGAGAGCGCCUCCCUUUCCGAAGCUUCCCUCUUCAUGGAUGGCUUCCUCUACAUCUCCACCGGCGCUUCCAAGACGACGUUGGACCGACGUGGAAGAGAUGACAUGGCGCGUCGUUGGUGUACAUUGGAAGGCGGUUUCUUGAGUUACUACGAGAGCGAGCGAAACCCGUCGGCCAUCGGCAGGGUGGACGUGUCGGAGGUGGUGAGCCUGGCUAUCAGCAACACAGAGACGAUGACUGGAGCCGGGGCUGUGUUUACCGUGGAUCUGUACCUGCGGACGGAGCGGGGACUGAUUGUCGGCGCGGAAACACAGGAAACACAGCAUGACUGGAUCCAGGCGCUAACAAAGUGCUUCGUCCCGUCUAAAGUGGAAGGGCUGGUUCAGAGGGAGGGCGAGCUGAUUGGCAGACUGCACUACAAAGAAGGCCACGACCUGUACCACUGGAGGGUGGGCUGGUUCGUCCUGGAGGGCUCUGCGCUGCACUUCAGCUCGGGAGAAGAAGAAGAAAAGGAGGAAAUGCUGCAACUCAAACAGCUUCAGGAGCUCACUGUCUCCACACAUACGGAGGGGGAGGAAAAGAUCCAAGUCCUGCUGAUGGUGGAGGGAAGAAGAACAGUUUACAUCCAUGGCUUCAACAGGAUGGACUUUGCUCUGUGGCUCUCGGCCAUCACUCUGGCUGCCGGCACUGAUGGAAAGGGGCUGAGCGACCAACAGCUGACCAAAAACGGCGUCCCCAUUAUUGUCGACAGUUGCAUUGCUUUUGUCACCCAAUAUGGUUUGUGCCAGGAGGGGGUCUACCAGAGGCCGGGGGACCCUGACCGCGUGGCCCUGCUCCUGGAGGAGUUCACCCGGGACGCCCGUAAUGUGAAGCUGAGGGAGAAGGAGCACCAGCUGGAGGACGUGACGGACACCCUGAAGAGCUUCUUAUCCCAGGCUGAGGACGCACUGCUGACCAAAGAGCUGUAUCCAUACUGGGUGUCAGCGCUGGAUGAGAAGGUGGAGAAGCAGAGAGUAAAGAAGUACUCCACUUUCAUUGAGAGUUUGCCAAAGAUAAACAGGUCAACCCUUGAGGCCUUGCUACAACAUCUGUACAGGAUUCAACAAUGUUCCAACCUCAACCACAUGCCGAGCGAAAAACUGGCUUCUGUCUUCUCCUCCCGCUUGUUCCAAACACGAGGACAAACCCCUCAGGAAAUUAGCGUUGUGCAUGACCUCAUCAGCAACUACAUUACACUCUUCAAUGUCAAUGAAGAGCGGGUGUUACAGAUGGAGAGAGAGAACAGUUUCAUCACACGCUGGAACGACAAGAAGGACACCACAGUAAGUGGACCCGCUGAGUCCAAAUGGAAGUCACCCACGGGUGUUCUGUUUGUGUGUGAGUGUUCAUUGAUUUGCCUGCAUGCAUCGUGGCCUCUCAAAUCUGGGAUGCAUUUGAACGAGGUUCCUGUUUGUCUGGGGGUAAGGGGAGCGUGCUAGGAAAAGGGGCUUUGUUCCUGUUAACCUUUACGAACCAGAGAAAAACAUUUGGUUUAGAUAACUGGGGGAAAAAAAGAAAUCUCAUGCUGCUGUUGUUGUUUAUUCCCGCUCCUUUCUGCUUUCCCCCGCCCUCCACCUCUCAGAGCACAUCUGCUGCUGUGGGUCAGGAGGGUUACUCAGUGGAAAGCAAAUCGCUAUUAUGAAACUGUCAGAGGUGAAAAAAGGGAAAACAUUUUGGUUAUGGAAAAAUAUGGAAGAAAAAUACAAAAGUUACCCGUUUUCUUGAUUAAGAAUAAUCAGUCAGUGUAAUUACAAGUCAGCAUGAGGAUGAUUUUCUCUGGUGGGAUAAUGGAUAAGCUUAUUUUAGGGAUAAUUUAACAUUUUGACAUCAUUUAAGGGGCUCUAUUAUGCUAAUUCCUGGUU